CCACGAGCGCUGGAAUGCACAGGUUCCUCGCGCCAAACUUGAGUAUCAAACCUCAGAGCUCUGCCCUGCCUUUAUAAGCGCUUUACAGUCGGCUGGCGUGACGCAUUCUAAGCAGCAGCAGCAUCGUUAUCACCGUUAUCAUCAUCAUCAUGAGCGAGGAAGAGCAGAAUAACGGCUCGCUGUCUGUCAGGAAACCGUCUCGUAUGCCGAAGUGUUCUCGCUGCAGGAACCACGGCUUCGUGUCCCCGCUGAAGGGCCACAAACGCUUCUGCAACUGGAGAGACUGCCAGUGUCAGAAAUGCAGACUGAUCGCUGAAAGACAGCGGGUCAUGGCAGCCCAGGUGGCGUUACGGAGGCAGCAGGCCCAGGAGGAAGAGCUGGGCAUUUGCAGUCCUGUUAACCUGUCCGAUCCAGACACUAUGGUGAAAAACGAAGCAUCUGGUGAUGAUGUGUUUAAUAUCACCUCAGAACCGCCGUCGCCCACCUCCAGCAGUGCUACAGCCUCUCCCACCAACCAAGGGAGCCGUUCAAUGCUGGCUGUAAGUCCUGCAGUGACCAGCAGAGGGCACAUCGACGGCACGUCUGACCUGAUGGUGGAUGCCUCCUAUUACAACCUCUACCAGCCCACACCAUACUCAUCCUACUAUAGCAACCUGUACAACUACCAGCAAUACCAGAUGCCCAAUGGAAAUGGUCGCCAUAACGUGUCCCCCCAGUACAGAACACACUCCUACUAUUCAUCUUACCUGAGUCAGGGGCUCGGCACAACUGCAUGUGUGCCACCCAUCACCUGCCCUGAACCCAAAGCAGCAGUUUUCUCUGAUGGAUCUCAAGACACAGUGUCCAUCAGCUCAAUGAUCAACGCUGAGAACAGGCUGGAGUGUGAGAGCAGCUCCGAGUCUGGAACCUUCUCUGUCGACUCCAUCAUCGAGGGGCCAACCAAAUGAAAAACCCUCACCUGCACCAAUCUCCCAUCUAAUUGAAUUGUUUCUGUAUUUUAACUCAAAGUAUUAUGAUUCUGAAAGCAAACCCUAGCUUAUCGUUCAACAGUUUGUAGUUCCUACUGAUCAGGUUGAUCAUUGUUGUGUUUUUCAACUUUUCAAGAUUUUUAUAGACAUGGGUUGGUUUACUCUUAGUUUAUCAAGGAUCAGACGUACAGUUUACAAGGCUGGCUAAUGUUUCAUACUUUUUGAUAGCUUCAGUUUGUUGACUUUUAAUGCUGCAGUUUUUAAUGAUUAGAAUGAUUUGUUUCCACUCUUUUACACUAGCGAAAGAAAAAGCAGAGCACAACGAUUUAUUGCGCUCAGUAUUGCUCUCAUUGGCCUAAUGGACAUUCUAACUUCUUCCCAUGACCUUCGGGAAGCAGAGUAUAUGAGCUCUUCUCCAGCAUCUCCAUUGAGUUGAGUUAGAAGAGAUACUAUUAAAUUAUGCUUCAAUCUCACAGUGAACGGCUUGUUUAUUUAUGGCCAUCACUAAAGAACAUCAUUUCACUUUUGAUGAUUUGCAUCUACUGUGUUCCAAUGCAGGAUCCAGCUAAAGUUCAGUACUCUUCUGUGCUUUCUUUGUAUAAUAUGGAGCUGUGCCCUUGAUAUUAAUGGUGUUGGCACAGAUAGUGUCCUCAGUCAAGUCACAAAUAAAUGGUAAAGGAGAAGAGGGACACAAACCUUUGUCUAUCCUUUUAUGCUCGGUUUGUUGCAGACAUAUUUUGACUACAGCAUGUUUAACUAAAAAUGAUGGCAUUUUUCAGUUUUUUGAUUCUAUAGAAAUGAGCCAUAUCCAUGUUAAAUGCAUUUUGGACAUUUCUUAGUGUAAUCAAAUUUUUACAUUUUAUUUUUUGUUAUAGUUGAGGGCCAUUUAAGAUGCUGGCAUCUGUAUUUGUUUUGCACUUACAUAGAGCUCAGUAUUAAUAAGUUGCUAACUGAGACUUCAGUACCCCUUUUCUUAAAAUGAAUAUACAAUCUUGUAGGAAUAUGCAUACUGUAUAUUCUUGUAUUAAUCAGUCAAACGGUUUUGAUUUGGAGAUUUUUGUACAAUUGUUAGUUCACAGUUUGAUUCAUUUGUUCAUUUGUUUUCCAGAUGCUGGUUUUGUGUUAACAUACUUGUAUUUUGCUCAUGAUGUGGUGAGCUCUUUUUCACUGACACUAUGAUGUUACAAAUAUUUUCAUUAUUGUUAUGAUUCUAAAACAAUAAAAAAGCUAA